GACUUGAAUAAUUCAGAUGUUCAUGUGCAAUCUAAUAUUUAUUUAUAAAGACAUGCUAAUUAUGUAUUCAAUCUAUUUGUAAUUGGCCUCAGCAGCACAUGAUUGUGUGUGUGUGUGUGCGUGUGUGUGUGUGUUGUAGGCGGUUCCGCUGUGACCCAACAGCACCAAUAGCAUCACACGGAGUUGAGGAGAAUGACGCGCGCGGACUCCUCAAGAGGAGCAGGGCUCGUGAACGCGAUCAGUGUGAGAAGAGCUCGCGCCGGUCCCGGUCAUAGCUCACGCGCGCGCGGCCCCUGGAUUACCGGAGGAUCUGACGGUUUCAUUCUGUUUCUCGCCGAACAACCGAAGAAACAGGCGUCGCCUACUCUACACGUAUAACAAAGAAAAGGCAGUUUACUUUUAGUUUCUAUCUCGUCACGGUCCGUGUGCAGCAGAAGCCUGGAUCUGCUUCUUCACUUGUUCUGGACUUCGCAACAGGUCCGAGAUCAGCUGAUUCGAGAUGCUGGACGGAAUCAAGAUUGAAGAUCAGUUCAGGACUGGAGCCGAGUCUCUGGCACUGAUGCUCGGUUCAGAUUGCGCGCAUCCGAGUGUGUGUGAAGGAUGUCACAGACCCAUCUCUGACCGCUUCCUCCUGCGCGUGAACGACUGCUCGUGGCACGAGGAGUGUGUGCAGUGCUCGGUGUGUCAGCAGCCUCUCACCAUGAGCUGCUACUCCAGAGACCAGAAACUCUACUGCAAACACGACUACCAACAGUUGUUCGCGACCAAAUGCAGCGGCUGUCUGGAGAAGAUCGCUCCCACUGAGUUCGUGAUGCGCGCACUGGAGAGUGUGUAUCAUCUGAACUGCUUCUGCUGCUGUGUGUGUGAGCGGCAGCUGUGUAAAGGAGACGAGUUCGUCCUGAAGGAGGGACAGCUGCUGUGUAAGAGCGACUACGAGAGAGAGAAGGACUUGCUGCGCUCCGUCAGCCCGGAGAUGUCCGACUCCGAUAAAAGUGAGGAUGAAGAUGUGGAUGUGAAGCAGGAGAAAGGAGCAGGACAGGGUAAAGGCAGCGAUGAUGGCAAAGACCCGCGCAGACCCAAAAGACCUCGCACUAUCCUCACCACACAGCAGCGGCGCGCUUUCAAGGCCUCCUUCGAGGUCUCCUCCAAACCAUGCAGAAAGGUCCGAGAGACUCUGGCGGCUGAGACCGGUCUGAGCGUUCGAGUCGUCCAGGUGUGGUUUCAGAACCAAAGGGCAAAGAUGAAGAAGUUAGCGCGCCGACAACAGCAGCAACAAGAGCAGCAAAACUCUCAGAGAAUCGGACAAGAUGUGAUCUCAAGCCGAAUGGAGAAUCUGAUGAACUCGUAUACGCCGCUGGCUCCGCCUCCACAGCACCAGUUAGUGUCCAUGGAGGCCAACGGAUACAGCACAGACCCGUUCCAGCAAGGGCUCACUCCUCCACAGAUGCCCGGAGAUCACAUGAACCCAUACGGAAACGACUCGAUUUUCCACGACAUCGACAGUGACACGUCUCUGACCAGCCUGAGCGACUGCUUUCUGGCCGCGUCAGACGCCGGCUCCCUUCAGACCCGCGUGGGAAACCCCAUCGACCGCCUGUACUCCAUGCAGAGCUCAUACUUCGCCUCCUGAAACCACACUGAGACCAAACACACACACACACACACACACACACUCCAGUCUCUCGUACACCAACAAACCUUCGCUGUACUGUCAACUCCAAGACCAGGAAACACAACGAAACGGCUCACACUACAGAAGAAACCUGAUCUUGGUUUUGUUGGAGACCCGCUGAGGAGGUCAUGCUUGAGCUGGCCAAGCACUGAAGGAUCAAAACCCGAAAAUCAAAAACCAAAUAUUUUCAGAGGAGCUACAGGACAUGUACAGCAGGAUAUUGAACAAAACAUGCUUACACCAUAAAUAGACCAACGCAACAAGUGGGAGACGCUUUACAUUGCAAUCGUGUUCAAACAUUCGGACGCGAGAGAAUAUGGAUCUCAAAUGUUUUGGAAAAACUGGAGCCGAAACCGCUGUGUGUUGAUGAAGACGACUAGAUAUUUAUUACGUACACGUGCCAAGUAAACCUGCAGAGCUUUAUUUAAAACAAAUUGUGUUAGAGUAAGUACCAUAAACCUCUUUAUGUAGUAUUACUGUCGAUGUUUAAAGAUGUAUAUGUUUAUUUCGCUGUGCUAUUUAUUUGUCAUUUGCAUCCUUUGGACAUUGUAGAGGAUGCAUUUUUUGCUCAAACCUGCUAAAAUUACCAAAGUUUGUUGGUACUAAAAAAUAAAUAGAUAAAUAAACGUAUUUUCUUUUUCUUUUAAAAUAUUGGACGUUUCGCACGUCGUUUUGAGGAAAAAUGAACAGAGCGUGAAAUGAAAGCGUUUUUAUGUUUGCAUUAAGGGGUUUUAUAUUGAUUUAUGGGUUCUUGACUCAAUUUUAAAGAAGUUUUUAUGACAAAAAGGUUCU